AUGGUUACGCUGGGCGCUGGCACUGCCUCGCUUCAGGGUGCUGCCGCUCCCGUUGAGCUGCGUGACCACAGAAGUCAGAAACAAGCGGAAGUGGAAGCUGCGGACACAAAAGCGGCCAGCACACAGUUUCCUGACUUUUGUGCGGCAAACGUCUUCUUGAGGGCCCAGGAGGCUUCCGCUUGCACGCUCAUGUCGCGCCCACCUCGCAGCGCUACCGUUGAGAAGGAUGGUCGUGUUGUGGCAGCCUGGGUUUCAGAUAAGGGUCAGAUUGCAUGGACAUCGCCGGCAUCAGAUGAAAUCUUGACUGUUGAAAAGAAGCUGGGGUGCAACAUCUCAAGUCCUGAUGAAAUGUCUGCCAAGUGGAACAACAUGGUUGAGAACACGAGGUCAUCAACUACUGAGCGGGAGAUCCUCAACUUGUCCAAUCACUGCGUACUUGCGGAGGUGUCUGGACAUGUGGAGGCGAAUGCUAUCCACGUCAAAGGCUCAAGUUCCCAGGAUCCGCAUGUCGCAGAUCGUGGGGAGCGAGAAGUUAACAAGUACAUCACUGCCACCGCUGACGAGGAGAAACAAAUGAAUGAUUUCGAGGCGAUGGCCGAGUUGUUGGCCGUGAAGCAGCUCGCCACUUAG